UUUGUUGAAUUUUCAGGUUGAAAGUGGAGUGUUAGAAUGACUGAGGAAACAGCUUUGGCCUCAAAUGAUACUCAUAAUGCUCAUCAAACUGAAAAUCACAGUUUGGAGAAUGCUGAAGCAGUGCUUCAAGCAUUAGAAGAUUUUGAGAAGCAGCUUGAGGUAACUAGCAUGCUGGAGGAUUUCCUGCAUCAUGUCGCCAAAACAGGAGAGACUGUGUUUCCAUGGCCCAAGGUCAAACCUGUUGUCAAGGUGAAAAUGGAACGUGUUCUCCAGGAGUUUCUGGAACUCACACCUCCUGAAGAAAUUGUCACCCAUCCAAAUGUGCCCCGUUUUGACUUUGGAGCCACUAAAAACUUCAUCCUAGAUCGUUUGGAUGGAUUCAAUGGGUUGGCUCCAUUCACAAUUCAGAGAAUUUGUGAGCUCCUGGUGGAUCCAACAAAACAUUACAAGCGCGUUGACAAGUUUUUGCGAGGCCUUGAGAAGAAUGUGAACGUUGUCAGUGGUGUGGAGCCAAUCCCUGUGAAACGUCAAGACCCACCCCCACCUGUCCUACUCAAUGGGAUACUUGGCAGCCAAAUGGAAGUUGAAGAUAUUCCACCUGACAAAAGAAGCUGUCCUGACAGCACAACAAAGUUGUCUUCUGCUUCCAGUCAGAGAAGAGAAGAGCAGUCUCAUCUACCAGAAUUCCUCCCUGAGAGCAAGGCUGAUGAUGAGACUGAUGACCAGAAAGAUGAUCUGGCAGGAGACAAGGAGAACAAUGAUCAUGAAGAAAAGGAGAAUGAAGAUAGCGAGGAUGGUGAGAGUGAGAAUGAAACCCCUGAGACUCUGGAUGAAAACAAGGAAACCCCUCCUCUUGAAGAAGGUACAGAAGAGAAGGAGGAGCCUCCACCUGCUGUCAAUGGUAGUCUUGACAAAAGUGACAACAGUGACACAGAUAGGACAGAUAGUGAACAAUUGAAUGACAUGCAGCAAAAGUCAGAUCAGACAUCAGAAGAGGAUGAGAAGGCUUCUCAGGAUGAUACAAGUGUUUUCAGCCUAAAACCGAAAGGGGAAAUCUUGAAGGAAUCUGAAAAUCCUGAUGAAGAUUCCCUGAUAGGAAGAGAAGAUGGGAACGUUUCCCCCUUGGCAGAAGAUCAAGAGGAAUCAGUACCAAGCCUAGAAGUAGAAGAUGAGGAACAAAUAGAAGAUGAUGAGCCACUUAGCAAAAGAUUCAAAUGGGAUACUUGUGCAGAUGAACCUCCUCACAGAUCCAAAGAUCAGGACAGUGAAGAAAAUAGUGACCCAAAAAUGGAAACACCUAUGUGAAUUUGAGGAGUGAGAUCUGACUUUCAAAAGAGUACUUCACACUCCUGUACAACUACCAGUGUCCUCCUGGAAGAAUGCUCAGGAUAAUGUUGGUCAUAAUAAUUUUGUUAAUUGGUGACUUUUCCAUGAGGACAAAAUUGUCUUGACCCUCAAGUCUUCUCAAUGUUGUGAAUACAUGCAAUUGGGAGCUC